AUGGCCAGUCAAAAGAAACAGGUCUUGCAACCGUGCAUCUCCAAAAAACCUCCCUUCAACGUCCAAGUCCCCAAUGUUACUCCAAAGGAAGGCGAGGGCAUUCCUCGUCGUCAUCCUGGUUCCAUCAACGGUUUGAGAAACCGAAUGGAAGAGGACAUUAGGACCACUUACGACAUCGUCAAGCGUGGAGCCGCAAAGUUUGGAGAUGCACAGGCCCUCGGCACCCGAAAGCUCAUCAAACUUCAUGAGGAGCAGAAAAUGGUCAAGAAAAUGGUCGAUGGGGUUGAACAAGAGGUUCCGAAGAAAUGGCUUUAUUACGAAAUGAGCGAGUACUCGUACAUCUCGUUCAACCAGUAUUUGGCUCGUGUGAACACAAUUGGUUCUGGGCUCAGGGCUCUUGGCCUUGAAAAGGAAGAUCGUGUUCAAAUCUUCGCUGCUACUAGCAUAAACUGGCUUGGAAUUUCACAUGGUGCCGCUUCCCAGUCAAUGCCAAUCGUCACUGCAUAUGAUACCCUUGGCCAAUCUGGACUCACCCACUCGCUUGUACAAACCGAGUCAAAAGCCAUAUUUCUUGACCCCCACCUCUUGCCUCAGCUUAUGAAUCCGCUAAAAGAGGCGACGGAAAUCCGUUACGUGAUUUACAACAGCGAAGGCGCCGUCGAACAGGAUCAUAUUGACGCGUUGAAAUCUAAGUUCGAGAAGCUUAGAAUUCUAAGCUUUGAUGAGCUUUUCAAGCUUGGAGAGGAAAACCCCGUCGAGCCAAACCCUGCUGGACCAGAAGAUCUCUGCGGUAUCAUGUACACGUCUGGAUCUACCGGUACCCCCAAGGGUGUACCACUUCUCCACAAGAAUGUCAUCGCUGCAGUUACUGGUGUAACGGUGAUAGUUGGUCCUUAUAUCGGCCCCGGCGAUUUCCUUCUCACCUUCCUUCCCUUAGCUCAUAUUCUCGAAUACGUUUUUGAAAAUGCCUGUCUUUUCUGGGGAGGAACAAUGGGUUAUGGAAGUCCUAAAACCCUUUCCGAUAGAUCCAUGCGUAAUUGUAAGGGUGAUAUUACCGAAUUCCGCCCUACUAUCCUCGUUGGAGUUCCUGCUGUAUGGGAAACGGUUAAGAAAGGUAUUGUUGACAAGGUGUCACUUCUGCCACCUCUGAGCCAGAGGCUUUUCUGGGGAGCUAUGUCACUCAAAAAUUUCAUGCUACAAUCCGGAAUUCCCGGAGCAGGCGUGUUGGACUCACUUAUCUUUAAAAAGAUUAGAGAGGCGACAGGUGGAAGAUUAAGGGUAACUAUGAGUGGAGGAGGACCAAUCGCUCCAGAGACUCAGCACUUCAUCAGUAUGACCAUUGCUCCUAUGAUCAUUGGUUAUGGGUUGACCGAAACCUCUGCCAUGGGUGCCCUCAUGGAUCCUUGCGAAUGGAACACUAAAAGUCUUGGGACUGUGCCUGCGAGCAUUGAGAUAAAGCUUGUCGACUUUGCAGACGCCGGAUAUUUCACCUCAAACAAACCCGAACAGGGUGAGAUUUGGAUUCGUGGAGAUGCAGUUGCUUCCCACUACUUCAAGAAUGAAGAGGAGACACAGGCAGCCUAUGAAGAUGGGUGGUUCAAGACUGGAGAUAUUGGUGAAUGGGAUGCAAAUGGUCACUUGAGGAUCAUUGACCGUAAGAAGAACUUAGUCAAGACCAUUAACGGCGAAUAUAUCGCUUUGGAAAAGCUUGAGUCUCUUUACCGUGCCUCCGCGGUUGUAGCUAAUAUCUGCGUUUAUGCGGAUGUAACGAAGACAAAGCCCGUUGCGAUCAUCGUUCCAGUCGAAGCUACUCUUAAGAAGAUUGCAGCCGAUAAUGGCAUUGAGGGAGACCUUGAAACCCUCGUGCACAACCCCAAACUAAACAGUAUCAUACUUAAGGAGCUCAUCGCAUCGGGUAGGAAGGGAGGCCUUGCAGGUGCUGAGUUAAUUCAAGGUGUUGUUAUGUCCGAUGAAGAAUGGACCCCACAGAACCAAUUGGUCACUAGUGCCCAGAAACUUAACCGCAGAGGGAUUCUUGAAAAGUACAAAAAGGAGAUUGAUCACGCCUAUAGUACUAAUUCAUGA